AUGAUCCUGCAUCCUGAGUACAAUGGUCUCCAGGUCUUGAAACUGCAAGCAGAGGAAGUCAGAAGUCACACCGGAGACAGCUCAGCCUUCAAGGCCAUGUACAGCAUGUUGAACGACACCAACGCCGCCAUCGACUUCUGCAACGUCACCGUUACAUACACUCAUCCCGGCACCAAGGACAAGAUCAACGUGAACGUCUGGCUACCCCUCGACGGAUGGAAUGGCAAGUUCAUGGGCAUGAGCGGCGGCGGUUUCCUCGCAGGAUGGCCUGGCAGCCUCGCUCUAGCCGUGGCAGCCGGCUACUUGCAGAACUUCGCCAGUGUUUCACUUGACGACAUGGCCGCGAUUGGCAAGGCUGUGGUGCGUAGCUACUACGGUACUGCACCCAGAUAUUCUUACUGGAAUGGCUGCUCUGGCGGAGGUCGUCAGGGUCUCAUGCUGGCGCAAAGAUAUCCAACCCACUAUGAUGGGAUUCUCGCUGCGGCUCCUGCAAUAGGCUGGUCGGAGGUGAUACUCAGUAUCUACUGGAGCCAUGUUUCUAUGCGGGAAAUCGACUAUCGACCACCGCCCUGCGAGCUCGUAGCCAUCGUUGAGGCCAGUAUUGAGGCGUGUGAUGAACUCGAUGGCGUCAAAGACGGCGUGAUUUCUGCGCCGGGACUCUGUCGAUUUGAUGCAACGUGGGCAGUUGGUCGGAGUUGCUGUGACGGUCGUCGCAAAGUCUCGCGUGCGGCGGCUCAGAUUGCUAAUGAGCGUUUCUCUGGGCCUUCGUCCGACGGACUUCCUUUGAUGGCAGCCUGGUCUCACGGAACGCCAUUGGCGAGCACUCGGCCGUUCGGCGAGAACCCCAUCCAUAUGGCUCAAACGCGGUGUGAUGAAAACGACGACCAUUGUGCGCAGGUCCCUUUCGCGCUCAGCAUCCUGUGGUUGAAGUAUUGGCUGGCUGCGGAUCCUGAUUUUGACCCUUUGACCUCCGUAGGCUACGAAGAGUUUCUCGCACUUCUACGUAAGUCCCGAAGCUGGCAUGGCAUGGCGGACCAGUUGCUGCCAGUCAACGGCACGAGCGACUACUACAAAACUGUACUCCUGCAAGAGCCUCGCACCAAAGACUACUUCAGAUACUUCGAAGCCCCAGGGGUCGAGCACUGUAUGGGAGGGCCUGGAGCAUUUCCGGUGAACGCUUUACAUGCACUCGAGCGUUGGGUCGAACAUGGCGAGGCUCCUGGGUUUUUGGAUGGGGUGGCCGAAACGUUUUCGAGGAAGAUCUGUGCUUACCCCUUAGUUGCUCGAUACCAAGGAGGUGAUCCAAACCUCGCUUCUUCCUUUGGGUGUGCAGAGGACUUUGGUCGGAAAGUUGAUAGUGACUACAGUGCACGCCACGAGGAGUUGUGA